AUGUCGCUCUUGCUCUCAAGGGAAGAACAGGAAGAGUUAGCUAGGAGCAAGAAAAAAGUUAAGGAUGUAAAACAUGCAGGUUUUAGUGAAGGAAAUGAGUCGGGUUUCUCACCACCGGUCAAAGGUCUUGGUCCUUGGAACCAGAGUAUGUCUUUUAAAGACAAACUUGUUGGUGAGAUUCCAGGUGCGUAUAUUCAAGCCUUCAACUUUGAGGAUCUAAUGGAGGAUGAUGUUGAGUCGGAUGAGGAGAUAGAAAUGUUUAGGCAGGGGCUGGUCGCUAUCAGGUUCUCAAAGGAGGAAAAACAAUUGAUUCGGGACCCAUGGGCUAGAGCUGUAAUAGUCAAGGUGUAUGGGAAAUCUGUGGGCUUUCAUUUUCUUCAAAGUAAGCUGCUCUCUCUGUGGAAACCAGCGGGUAGGAUGGAUUGUGUGAAUAUGGGCAAUGGAUUUUUUCUUGUGAGGUUGUCCUUAAAGGAAGACUUUGAAAACAUCCUGAAGAAAGGUCCAUGGUUCAUUGGUGGACAUUUUUUGUCUCUCCGGCCAUGGGAACCAGAUUUUAGGCCUUCGUCGGCAAACGUCUCCUCAGUUGCAGUUUGGGUAAGGCUAAAUGAGCUUCCUAUAGAGUAUUAUAAUGCUGAGGCAUUACAUCGGAUUGGCAAUGCCAUUGGCAAGGUCCUUCGAGUUGAUACCUUCACUGCAUCUGAGACUAGAGGUAGGUUUGCUAGAUUGUGCAUUCAAAUAGAUAUUGAGCAACCAUUGGUUACGGCCAUUCUUCUUGGGAAAGUUGAACAACCUGUUUCGUAUGAGGGAAUACAGAAGUUAUGCUUUGGAUGUGGGAGAUUGGGUCACCAACGUGAAGCUUGCCCAUAUACUGUCCGGCACAGUUCACCGACGAGGGAAGCGGAGACGGGGAUGGAAGAAAAGGGAAACGAGCAUGCACACAAUGAGCGUGAGCAGAGCAGGACAGCUGUGGAGACAAAGACACAAGGCUUGAAUAGUAACGGUAAGCAUGUAGUGGAUGCCAGGGAAAAGUUUGUGCUGGGAAGGGAGGAGAAUUCUAUUGGGCAAAGCAGAGAGUCCAAAAGGAAAAUUCCAACUUUUAGAGGAAUAGAGAAAGGCCAGAUUCAAAAUGCCAUUCAAGGUAUUCGUAACAAGCCCGUGGGACGGGCCCAGCCCCCUUUAAACCAAAAUCCAAGCCUGCAUGAAGUUGUUGAGGCUGAUAAUGGGCCUAACUCAGUUCACACUCCUGUUAAGCCCACACGGCCUGCUUCAGUGAAGGGUAAAAGAGCUUUAGCUCGUCUGAAGGAGGCAAAAGCUCAGUGGAAGGGCGCCGAUGUAAAUGGGAAAGCACAUAGUUCCUCCUCAGUGCUGACACGGUUCCGCCCUGUGCAAGAUGUGAACUCUCAAAAGACGAGCAAUGGUGAGCUGAGCGGUGGUGAGCUAAGUCCGAGAGAGGCCUCCAAUUUCCGAUUUGGCGAAUCUAAGUGGGCAGAGGGGAUCUAUCAGUUUGAGGGGCACAGCCGUGGUGAGCCUGGAGAGCUUUUAAGCUGUGAUUUGAGCCAAGCAAGUUCUCAACAUGGGGAUUUUCAGCAUCAUUACGAAGAGAGCACGGUUAUGCAAAGGUCCGGUGACGGCGAAGGUUGCGAAGGUAAGCCGGUUACUGUUCUUGGACCCUUUUUGGAGGAUUGUGAAGAACCCAUAGUGGGUAGUGCUAGUGGUUGCGCUGCCAUCAACGGAGGAGGUGAAGAUUGGGUGGGGAAUCAAAUGGAUUUUGAUGGAGAUGGUGGAGCAAAUGCCGUCUGUUGA